AACAGUCAUGAGAAUACCUCUACUAUCUAUAGAUAUCUUAUCUUAGAAACAUGGUGUCAUACUGACGUAUAAUUUACAUGGCUACUGAUUGUAAUAGAUUCACAUAACGCUCAAUAUCCGUACCAGCCAGUUCUUAACGUCAUACAUUUAAACAAUUAUUUACUUGUUGACUCUUUUUUAUGUAUUCUAAUUUAUGUCGAGUGUUUUGUCAACUAACCUGAAGGUCAAAUAUGGUAAAGAAGUGUUAGAAUAAUAUAGAAUUGAUGUGUGAUAAGACGGGAAAAUGGAAGUUUUGCCUGAAAAUAAAAUUCUCAAGUUCCAUCCAGAUACUUUGAGUGUAGUGAGAAAAGAUAUUAAUUUACACAAACCUGGUGAAGUUAAAGAGGCUCUCGUUAUUUUGAAAGAAUGGAUACAGGCUCAGCGACACUUUAAGAAGAAAGAUUUUGCUGACCAUUAUUUAGAAUCUACAUUAAUAGCAGCAAAAGGGUCAAUAGAGCGGGCUAAAAAACUCCUAGAUGGUAUGUGCACCCUGAGGACGUUGCUACCGAAGUUUUUCAACAGCUACGAUGUCAGAAGAGAUACAUGUGGAUUUAGCAAAAUUACGUUUCCCAUAUUACUACCAAAGCUGACGAAAGAUCAUCACAGAGUAUAUGCAAUCAAAGCAACUGGAAAUUUCUCCACCACAGAACAAUAUUUACAGUUUUAUAAAUAUUGCGCAUUGAUGGGUGAAUAUGCAAAAUUACAUGACUACGUUGCUAAUAUUCAAAUUGUGCUAGAUUUAGCUGAGUCAAAUAUAUUGAAAAUUGUAUCUAUUGUAGAUCUCGUUGACUUAAGGCAAGGAUUAACUAUACUAAUGGACGGUUUCGGUCUACGAAUCAAAGGGAUCCACAUCAUCACAGAGUCAAAGACAAUAGAAGCCCUAUUAGGAUUAUUGAAGCAAGUGCUCAAACCGAAGAUCGUCAGUCGGCUACAUACGUACAAAACUAGUGAAGCUGUGUGCAAUAUUAUUGGCAAAGAUGUUCUGCCUGUUGAUUUGGGGGGUAACGAACGGUCGUUUGAAAUUCUACAUGAGGAAUGGCUAGAGGUUCUAUCAUCCGAAGAUUUCACUAGAUAUAUAGAAGAUUUGUACAAAGGUGGUACUGAUGAAACGCGUCGAUCGUCAGGAAAAUUCAAUGAAGAAUAUUCGGGAUUGCCAGGGACUUUCAGAGUAUUGACACUAGAUUAAAUACUAGAUAUAAUAUUAUGUUAUAUGCUCAUGAGAUGAUAGUUGUAUGUAUAUAAUAUUUAAAAUGUAAAUAAAUAGUUAAUUCAGGCACAAGGAGAGUUUUAAUAAUUAUUGUGCUCACCUACACAACGGUGCAUUUAGAUCAAACAAGCGAAUGCUCAUUCUAACCCUAAUAUUGUGAAUUAUUUUAGUGUAAACAGGCGUAGAGCAUUC